AUGGGUAUUUUGAAAAGGCUCGUACUUUUUGUAGCCUUUGUGCUUUUUUUGCGGUGUUAUGAUAGAGUACAGUGUGAUGAGGUGGCUAUGAGGGGAGCGCCCAGCGGGGCCACACCCCCCAAGGAGGACCAAACAGCCAACUCGGACAAAGCGGCCAACUCGGAUAAGGCGGCCAACUCGGAUAAGGCGGCCAACUCGGGGAACGCAGCCAUCACCCCGGGGACGGAAGGCAAAGAUCAGGGCCAAGAAGCCAAUGUAAAUUUAAAGGGUGGCGCUUCCAAGGAGCAAGCCGCGAAGGGGAACACGGCCAUCUCUGCGCCCAGUGGCACAAAUGGAACACAGGCCCAAACGACCUUUUUGCAGAACAACGAAAAGCAGCAGACGAGCAAGGAUAGCGCAAGCAACGCAAACAGCGCAAACGGCCUAAACGGAGCAAGCAACGCAAGCAACGCAAACAACGCAAACGCCCCAAACAACGCAAGCAGCGCAAAGAGCGCAGCCGAGGAAGAACACUCCGUGGUUAAGGAAAUAACGCCCAAGCAGGAGCCGCCAAACGAGGGUAACGCCAAAGGCAAGGACGGCGGAGCGGAGAAGGUUGGAACACUUCGCAUCGGGAACACCGAUGGAGAGGCGAAAGGUGUGACGAAUGGUGUGACGAAUGGUGUGCCAAACGAUGCGCCAAACGGUGUGCCAAAGGAAGAGGAGGCCCCAAGUAAAGGUACAAACCAGAAGUUGUACGAAGAACUAAAGAAACAAAAUGAAGAAGAAAAAAAUGCAGACAUGAACAUUCUAAAGCUAUUGUCCAUCGGGUCAUCCCUUUUUAUGCAAUUAGUAUUAUUCCCUUCCAUUUUUAAAAUGAUAAAGAAGAAAACGACCGGCGAGAUAGAUGGGUUACCAUACGUGGUGUUGCUGUUUUCCUCAUUCCUGUGGUUGGUAUAUGGGAUGCUGUUGAAUAACUCAGCCAUCAUAUGCCCAAACUUCAUAGGUCUCGUAUUAGGAUCGUUUUACUCUCUCAUGUAUCACAAGUACUGCAAGAACAUGUGGUUAAAACAGAAAUUAUUUUCCUAUUACAAGAUUUGUGGGUUCAUAUGUUUUUUGCUUUACGCCUUUUUAUACCUGUUGACUUAUGAGCAGUACGAAUUGUUCGUCGGGUUCAUGGCGUUCAUAUCAAGUAUUGUGAACUUUGGUGCUCCUUUGUCUUACGUGCAGAUUGUAAUUAAGAAGAAGAAUUCAUCUUUGAUCCCGUUGGAAAUAGCUACGGGUAGUUUGGUGUGCUCCUUUUUGUGGGUCACCUACGGUUUCACCAUUAAGGAUGGCUUUGUCAUUGUGCCAAACUUAUGUGGAUUCAUCUUAAGCCUGUUGCAGAUUGCGUUAAUCUUAUUGUAUUCGAACAAGGAAGCCAUUGUUAAUUACGAGGAUGGAGACGAAGUUGAUUUUGUGACUGACGGUGGAGGAAUCCGUGUCAACAGAAAGAACCGUUACGCUGUUACCGAAAAUCAUAUUUUCAUGAACGAGUUUAAUUUGGACCCAGAGAAUAAAAUGGGCAGUGCUGAAGCGUCUACUCUAGGGACAAAUUAUGGUCAUAACGGAAGCAGUAAUAAUGUGAAGAAUGGGAACAGUGCGAAUGGCUCCUUUUUAGACUUUGCGUAUGACGAGACUUCUCCUCUUACGGGCGCCAACUUUGGAAGGGGCUUCCCUGACGGAGGUGCGGCACGGCAGGGUUACCUCAGUCGCUCGGGAAGUGGGAAGCAGGACUCUCCCCUCACCUUCUGA